GUUGCCCGAGGCAUAUUUUCCUUUGCCGGACCAGGUGAUGUCACUAUGCGACUCGCUGGAUCUCUCGGUAAAAAGGAAGAAGAAAAAAGAAAAAAUGGGAGAGAGAGAACUUAGUAAAACAACAGCUUGGGGAGGGGAAAAGUUGAGCGAGGCAAGACGCUGACUGUAACUUUUUUCUGCUUGAAGACUGACUCAAGGGAAGUAAUUACCAACACGCAGUGGAUUACAACUUCAAUAGAUAUUCAUUUUCUGUUCUGGGAAAUACAUCUUGGAUUAAUGUGGACGUAUCGUGCCCGGAUUAAUCAAUUCGUAUAGGUAGGAGCCGAACGUCACGCCAGCAGAGGGAACCAUGUGGGCCUCUGUGUUGUUUUGCCUGAUGUGGUUGACCAUCACUCCAUGCAGUGGCGGUCCACACCUACCCAGCAAAGGAGUACCCUGCCCCUCCCUACAGGUAGCAGACUGGAAAUUCCCCCAGAGAGCUCGGCACAACAUCACAGGUUUCAAUCUGGUUCGGCAGUUCUCCCUGCUGAAGAUGACGGAGGUGAAGAGGAUCCGGAACCCAGGUGGACCCGUCAUUCUGAAGCUGGGCAAGGUUCCACUCAUUCUACCCACGGAUCAGGUGUUCCCCAACGGACUCCCAGAGGAAUUCACGGUGGUCUUCACGCUACAGCUGAAGAAGAAGACCAUCAGAAACAACGUCUACCUUCUGCAGAUCGCCGACGAGCAGGGAUACCCCCAGCUCUCGCUGGACCUGAACGGUCCGGAGGGGACACUGGUGAUGCGGGCCCAGGGCAGCGGCUCCGACGGCGGGGCGGAGUCCGAGAGCUGCAUCUUCGACGGUGAGGGCGUGCAGUCGCUGCUGGACCUGCGCUGGCACAAGGUGGCGCUGAGCGUGCACAAGGAUGCCGCUUCCCUGCACGUGGACUGCAGCUCCAUCGAGAACAAGCCUCUGGGACCCCGGGGGCAGAUUCCCACACAGGGACACACGCUGCUGGCCAUCCGGGCUACGGAUGGCACCGCCGCGGAGAUGGACAUCCAGCAGGUGAUGGUGUACUGCGACCCCAUGCUGGCUAUCCAGGAGGCCUGCUGCGAGAUCCCAGGAGCCCGGUGCCCACCGGAUGCUCCGAAAAGCCGGCGUGCCGCAGAGACGAGCCCUCAAGGCAACCUGCUGGAGCAGCUGACAACCCCCGACGGGCAGGGAAUUCUGGGACCUCUGACGGACAAAUGUUCUGGCUGUGUUCUGCUCAACGAGGAACUUACCAAGCAAGGAGAGCUGAAUUCCUUAGGAAAUCCUGGCAUCAAAGGCGAGAAGGGAGAUCCGGGUUUGGAUUGCACUGGUUCUGGAAGCCCUGGGUCUUGUGCAGAUGGGCCCAAAGGAGAGAAAGGACAGAAGGGAGAGUCAGGCUGGCCUGGCAACUGGGAGAAUACGGCUGGGAUGAAGGGGGAUAAAGGUCAGAAAGGCGAACUCGGUGGUCUGGGCCUACCUGGAACUCCCGGUAAAGAUGGUCGAGCUGGUUCCAUAUGUGUCGUCGGACCCAAGGGGCAGAAGGGUCGUACUGGUGAAGUUGGUCCGGAGGGAAUGGCAGGGGAACCGGGCCCCCCUGGUCCGCCCAGCAUCGGGAAGCCUGGUCCACCUGGCAGUCCUGGUGGGCCUCCUGGAUCCAAAGGAGACAAGGGAAAUUCCGGGCUGCCUGGGAGAGAUGGCGAACCUGGUGAUCCUGGUCCCAGAGGCCCUGGGGGGGGGAAGGGAGAGAAGGGGGAGCCCUGUGAGCUCUGCCCCACUCUGUCUGAGGACAUGGUCAAUACUGUGGCCCUGCAUGGAAAGCCAGGGCUCAAAGGAGAACCAGGAACUCCAGGAACAGGGGAACCAGGCCCACGGGGCUUGGAUGGAAAACCAGGCAAGAAGGGAGAACAUGGGUCAAGUGGAGUCAAAGGUGAAAAAGGCGAGCCUUGUGCUGUUUGUCCCACUCUGGGGGAUUUACCUGGCAAUCUGUGGCCUGUGGCAGAGCAGGCCAGCCUGAAGCAGGGGCUGAAGGGUCAGAAGGGUGACCAUGGAACGGGCGAGAAGGGCCAAAAGGGAGAAGCUGGGGCAGUAGGGCUGACUGGCCUCAAAGGAGAGAAGGGUAGCCUGGGUCCCAGUGGAACAGAGGGAGUCAUGGGCGAACCAGGACCAAAGGGGGCACAAGGCCAGGCUGGGUCCAAGGGCGGAAAGGGGGAGCCUGGCAUUCCCGGCCUGGGGGGCCAAGGACUCAAGGGAGAGAAGGGUGAGCCGUGUGGUCCGUGUGAAGCGGGACUUGCAGAAGUCGGGGGCAGUCCGACUGUCAUGAAGAUCCUGGGACCCCCUGGCCUGCCGGGGCCCCCUGGUGUGGGUGGGGUGGGAAGACAGGGGAGACCGGGACCUGUGGGGCUGAAAGGGGAACAGGGCAUACAGGGGCUUGCGGGGACUCCAGGCACUCAUGGGGAGCCAGGGAGUGACGGCCAGCCUGGGAUCAAAGGAGAAAAGGGCGAUUCCUGUGAUAGCUGUCCGUCUCUUCUGGACGGAGAGACAGACGUGGUUGGCAUGCCGGGAAUAAAGGGUGAGAAAGGAGACUCCGGCCCCCCCGGGAUUGGCAUUCCUGGGAAGAAUGGCAUACCGGGCCCCCCAGGUCCACAGGGCAUACAGGGUGAGCCAGGAAGUGCAGGAACUGGGAGGCCUGGACCUCAAGGAAAGGAGGGACCUAGAGGACCAUCUGGAGUCGCUGGCCCCCCCGGACAGGACGGCGCUCCUGGACCAGUGGGACUCAAAGGAGACAAAGGAGAGACGGGACCCCAGGGGCCAGAGGGACCCCCAGGCGCUGGAGUACCUGGAACCCCGGGAAGGAAAGGUUCUGCUGGGUCGCCUGGAAUCCCCGGUCAGGAUGGACAACCUGGUGCCAAUGGAGCUAAAGGGGACAGGGGAGAGCCAGGAGAGUGUAACUGCCUGUCACCCAACUACAGUGGAAACGGAGGCCCUGGAGCCCCUGGAGGUCAGCAUACCUGGCAACCAGGUCCUCAGGGACCCCCCGGACCUCCCGGACCCCCCGGUCCUCCCGGGCCCCAGGGGUUCAUGGGAAUCCAGGGACCGCAGGGUCUCCCUGGCAACGAUGGCGUACCAGGGAAACCGGGCCUUCCCGGCACCUCACUUCCAGUGCAAAUCCUACAGGACUCCAGCAGUUCCACCCAGGAGCCCUGCAAAGACUGUUCCCAGGGACUCCCAGGGGUCCCCGGCAUGGGGAGCAUGAAGGGGGAGAAGGGAGAGCAGAGCAGGCCCGGGCCAUCAGACGGCUGUGAAUGGUGUUUUGAAAGACUACAGAGAGAACAAUCCACAUUUCCUGGUAACAACGGCGGACCAGGCUGUGCAGGAGUUCCUGGCACGCCGGGCAUCCCAGGACAGCCAGGCCUGAAAGGAGAACCGGGUCCUCAGGGUCAAAGGGGUUUUCCUGGGUCCCCCGGGAACAUGGGUCCCCCCGGGUUCCCUGGCCCUCCAGGCCCCUCUGGAUUAUCUGGUCAGCAGGGAGAGAGGGGACUCCCUGGAUUUGUCGGCCUGAAGGGUGAACAGGGUCCUCCGGGAACACCUGGCUAUCCGGGAUCCAUGGGAUCCCCUGGCCUCCCGGGCCUGAAAGGAGAGCGGGGCCAAUCAGGUGCAGUAGGACAGAAAGGAGAAUCGGGACCUCCAGGGAUGGCAGGGCUGCAAGGACCUCCAGGAACGACAGGACCUAAAGGAGAGAUGGGAGUGGCAGGGACCCCUGGACAGAAGGGAGAUCAGGGUUUCCCAGGACCACCUGGAUUCCCAGGACAGCAGGGGCCCCCAGGAUUCCCCGGCAAAGCUGGUGCCCCCGGAUCCCCAGGAGCACCGGCUGAAAAGGGUAGUGAAGGUCCCCGGGGCUCUCACGGGCCCCCAGGCGCUCCUGGGGCCCCCGGGCCCCCCGGAAUGCAGGGGCCUCCAGGAAUGGAAGGCAUGGAUGGGAAGACUGGGAAGCCUGGUCUGCGGGGAGACCCAGGACCGGCCGGCCCAAUGGGACCAAGAGGGCUACCGGGAUUCAAGGGGAAAACGGGACACGUUGGUUUCCCAGGAAUGAAGGGAGAUAUCGGCCCUCAGGGGCCCCCAGGAGCCGCAGGACGACCUGGCCCGGAGGGGGAACCUGGAAAUCCUGGUUCACCGGGCCCCGCAGGACCUGCUGGACACAUCGGACUUCCAGGAUCCAUUGGCCCCUCCGGUCCUUCAGGGCCCCCUGGGCUGGGGACAAAAGGUGACAAAGGCCAAGCCGGGGAGAGAGGCCUUCCUGGCAUGGUCGGCCCACCUGGGGCGCCAGGACAUCCAGGUCUACUGGGAGAGCCAGGAACUGAUGGUUCUUCAGGGAAGGAUGGAGCAGCCGGUCAACCGGGGGAAAACGGCCACCCAGGUCAGAAGGGCGAGGCGGGGGUCCCCGGACAACGAGGCUCUCCCGGGGAACGUGGUCGUCCCGGUCCGCCUGGGGGUGGAUUCUCCUCCAAAGAUUCCAGCAUGGGCAUGAUAGGGCCAGCAGGACCUCGAGGGGAGAGGGGUGGCAAUGGGCAGCCGGGACAAGCCGGAUCCCCUGGGCCUCCGGGUUUACCUGGAACCGACGCGGUGGUCAACUAUGAUGAGAUCAAGAACUUCAUCCGUCAACAAGUGAUUAAGAUAUUUGAUGAGCGCAUGGCCUACUACAUGUCCCGCAUGCAGAUGCCCGUGGAGAUGGUGUCGGCCCCCGGUCGGCCUGGCCCUCCAGGGAAGGAUGGCACACCUGGCAGGCCGGGGUCCCAGGGGAUUCCGGGGCUGCCAGGGCAGAUCGGCCGCGAGGGACGCCAGGGACCCUUGGGACCCCCAGGUGCUCCAGGGGUUAAGGGAGAAAAGGGGGACAAAGGUGUUGGGGAGAUGGGAGACACGGGCUCUCCUGGAGCUCCAGGUGUUCCAGGUUCACCCGGUUAUGGAAAAAUGGGACCUCCAGGUCCAGUGGGACAGCAGGGUAUUCCCGGCAUUCCAGGUUCCCCUGGAACCCCAGGGAAUCCAGGCAAGGAGGGUCGGUGUAACCCUACGGACUGCUUCAGCGCCAUGCCUGUAGAUUACAGUCCCAAGGGUCCCCCCAGAAAGGGCCCUAUGUACUAGGGGGGGUGGGGAGUGAAUGAACCAGGACUAUUCCAGCACAAUUGGAUUUGCAUGGCUGCGAGCACCCUGGGAAUUUCUUCAUCUUUUCAAAUCGAUUCCCUAAACUAUAUCCAAUGCCCCCAUCAAUUAGCUGAAACUGGAACACCAACCCUUCCAACACAGCCUUGCCUCUUGAGAACACACCCAUCCUCCGACCUGGAUGGAAUUUCACACAUGUUAAAUCCUGGAAGCUCCCAAAGUAUCCUGUCUGGAACCUUCCAUUGCACCUAUCUGGGAAACGCCUGAGACUCGGCUUCUUGCAGGACAACAAGGGGAAAUCUUUAAGAUCACUUUGAUAGUUGGCCAGCAUUGUGUUAAGAAGAAUGGCGAGCUGAUCCUAAGUCAAGAGCAGUCAGUGUCCGGUGGCCACAUUUCACAUUUUCACCCCAGAACAUUUCAGUUCUGUUGUAUGAUCAAUGACAGUCUUUGUUUACAAAUAUUUACUGAAAUUUUCAUUUCUGGAACCCAUUGUUCUGGGCAGGGAGACGCCGAGCACAUCGGACAGUGGGAAUCAUUCCCCAUCUUCAGUCAACAGCAGUUGACUGUCCAGAGGGUUUUGUUGGCAAGUGGCAGCUUGUGUGUUUGCUGUUUUCAGUUAAACAAAACUUCACUUAAAUUUUUUUAGAGCGAUAAUGGCUCUGAUCCUCAAAGCUUACAGGAAUUAGCAUACAAGCAUGAGUGGAAUACAUCUAAGCAUUUUCUUCCAGUUCCAGGAUUUAAGAAAUGUAGCAGAAAGUUAGGCCCCAGUUUAAACCCUCUUGUUUAUUUUUGGAGAGCUGUGUUGUACAUAAUUUUGUUUAUACAGCUCUGUUUUUGAUGAGUGAUAAAUCUGAAGCAGCACGGAGCUCCUCAUAUUUCUUCUCUUUUUGGGUUAUCCUAACAAAUUGGCCUAGGUGAGAAUGUUUUUUUACAAGAUUUGUUUAUGAGUGCUUAUGGUCUAUAUAUCUUUGUUGUCAGAGAGCAUUUUUUCAUUGUAGGUACAGUACAUUUUCUAAACAAGUGCUCAGUUUCUAAACGGGGUCUCCGUGUGAAGCUCGCGUUUGUGACGGUUAGACUUGAACUCAGUUGGUCAUAUUCUUCAUUAGUGAUGGGUUACUCUUACAAAGCUAUGUACUCUGAUUUGUACAUUAUUCCAGAGUGUCACUAUUAUUUUUGAACUUGAAAUUCCGUGUUUGUCCGGCACCACCCUUUCUCUGAAUUCAGUGUGGAGAAUGUGUGUUUUCAUCUGACUUCCGCUGAUCGGUGAUCUCUGCGUGUUCCACCUUUAUCGAGCUCACAGAGCGCUCUUUCAUUCAGCGUUGUUGGUGUUCCUUUGCCUGCUGGCUGAUUGUAUCUAUGUCACCCAUCUUACCUGUCAGCUCUCUUCUUGACUCCCAUAACUCAAGGUAACCUGGACUUACCUGCUCGCCAUAUUUUGCCAAAAUGAGUUUCUGUCUCUGGAGUCUUGGGCUAUAAGACUCCAUCGGAGAACCACUAACUGCAAGCCAAGCUUUGGUGCUGCCAAUCCAUCACCGGCUCCUGGAAACCAUGUAGCCAACACAACACCGUGUGUUAACCCCUUCUACGUCCUUUGUCUGUAUGCAUUACAAGUCAUUGUUUUCUUUUUUAUGAAAACUACAAACGCAAAUAAAUGUUUUUUUAAGCAG